AUGGACAUGAGCGAGCGUGAAGUCACUGUUCCGCAAUCUCAAUCUCAACCUCAAUCACCCUUGGCGACAGCUCUGCCGUCAAAUCUAACUGGAACUCAGAGUCAAAGCCACGCCUCGCGAAGGCAGUUGAAGAGGAAUUCGGCUGCAUGCGAGCGCUGUCGAAGGCGUAAGCAAAAGUGCGACGGAAAAUUGCCGUCUUGCGGACCCUGUCUCCUUGUCCAGGAGAAAUGCGUCCCGUCCGAUAGACUGCUCAUCCGGGUAGACCCCAACUGCCAAUGCGACGUUCUGAAGGAGCGGGUUCGCGACCUUGAGAGUCAGCUCCAGGUUCUGCGAGCUGAAAGACAUGGAGACAGUGGAUCUCCUGGUCCGUCCAAUCACUUCUACCAAGAAUACAACAGUGGCCCACCCAGAAUCGUCGACAAUCGAGAUAUCACAUAUCAUGGUCGCAUACUCCGACCCACGUUUGCCGAGUCCCAUGGUGGCUCCAUGCUGAGACCACCCUUACGAGGGAGUCCGUGGCAGCUUUGGGCAGGCGACCCAGACAGUCGAGCAUCGCCAAGACGAACAACCGACUUUACUGCUGAUCUUGCACUGACACCAGACAUCGACGCUCUGGUUGAGGUUUUUUUCACCAAUCGAUGGCCUCAGCUGCCCUUGCUCCAUAAACCAACGUUCAUCCAAGAUGAUCUUUUGCCUUUGACGAGAGGUGAACCGGGCCAGUUGUUGUCGUCGUUCCGAGUCAACAUGGUCCUUGCGAUAGCAAGUGCUGAAACGGAUUCAAAGGAUAACCCUCAGCAUCAGCACCAUGUACAUAGAACUUUCUUCGAGGCAGCCAUCAAAGACCUCAGCACUGUCAUGUCGGCCAACGACCUGGAUUGCAUUCAAUGCCUACUUCUGUUAUGUGUUUACGGAACCAAUGAGCCUCAACUGGUCAACAUCUGGUACACCCUUGGUCUGGCGUUACGCAUUGGUCUAGGUAUGGACCUUCAUCAGGAAGAAACUUCAAGUACCGGGCAAAGUCUUUUGUCUCAGGAGAUGGCCCGGCGCCUCUUCUGGUGCACCUACACUUUGGAUCGCAGCAUGUCUAUAGCAAUGGGUAGACCACUUGGCAUAAAUGACUCCGAAAUUACGGUACCCGUACCACAGCAGUUGACGGAUAAGCAGCUCUGUUCCGGAGAAGCUGUGCUUAAUCCCAUCCACAGCCCUAGAGACAUGUCGACUUUCCUACACGUCAUCAAGCUACGUCAAAUCAACGCUGCUAUCUACAUGUCCUUACAUGCAGCUUCUACGAGUGCCAGCAACGAAUGUGGCAGUCUAGAUGUUCUACGUGAGCGGCACUAUACUGAGCUUAACACAUGGCUUGUCACGACACCGCGUUACGGACCAGCCAGUGGCGUGGCCAUGCUGCAGACACCAGAAUGGUUUCAAAUCGCUUAUCAUUAUGCUGUCCUUUCUCUGUACCGUCCAUCAAGGGUGUUUCCUGUUACUAACCUCGCUUCACUCAGACUUUGUGCAGACUCUGCCAUCAGUCUAAUCUCAUGUUAUAAUACCUUAUAUGCCAAGAACAGAAUUAGCUAUACUUUUGUUGCGCUGAACUCAUUAUUUAUGGCAGCAGUCAUGAUGCUAUAUGCUCUUAGGUCUAGCCCCACGAUUCGCAGCGAGCUAAGUAAAGGCGUUGCUAGAGCCAAUAUUGACAUGUGCCAAAGGCUUUUGCGAGGCAUAUCAGAUGGGCGAUCUGUUGGUGAGCGAUGUGCUGUAGUUGUAGGGAGGCUUGGAGAGGCCACUAUUGAUGUAUUUGACCGGGAAGAGGCAGUUAACGACGGCAUAGAUACCGAGUUUAUGUCGUGGUUUGGAUUGAAACUACAAAGAAUUCACGACUCUGAAAUAGGGCAGGGGGUCACUCCAAGUAUUAAUAUUCCUUGGAAUGACUUAUUUAUUGAGGGAUUUAAUGGGUUUGAUGUAGGAAGCUAUAGUUAUCUUGACUUAAUAGUUUAA